AAUGUAUCGUGAUAUUAUCAACAAUAUACAAUUCUUCUUGAUAAACAUAAAUACAAUUAUUUACAAAUAAAUAUGACACUUGACGUGGAUGCACAAAAGAAAGAUGAAAAGAUACUACUUGCUACAAUACAGCAGGAGUACAAAAUUCUGGCGGAAUACAAAAUGAUUGAAUCGGAAAAGCUGUCAGGCAUUUAUGUUAUACCGAGCUAUGCCAACUCAUUGCAAUGGUUCGGAGUCUUCUUUGGCCGACAGGGAUUUUAUGAAAGUGCUGUGUUCCGUUUUUCCAUAUUGCUGCCUGAUCGUUUUCCCGAUGACAAAAGUGUUCCAGCUAUUAUUUUCCAAAACAACGUAGUGCAUCCACUCGUCUGUCCAUACACAUACAGUCUGGAUAUUAGCCACGCAUUCCAGGAAUGGCGAUGCGGGGAUGACCAUCUUUGGCAGAUAUUGAAGUAUAUGCAGGCAAUAUUUGCCGAUCCCUUGGAAAGCAUUCGCAAUGUGGCAACUAAUGAAUUGAGUAACGUUGAGGUCGCCAAGCUGCUCAGUAAUAAUCGCGAUGCAUUCGCAGCUCUUGUCCAAGAGAGCAUAACGGAGAGCAAAUCUCACAUUUAUGACACGCCACCAACGGAAGAUCCGCAUUAUAUUAUAUUUGAGAAGUUUCAAGCCGAUUUGCACGGUCCUGUUUUAGAGCAAAUACGCACAACCAGGAACACAGCUCCAUCUAAUGAAAGUAGUGGUGGUGGUGGAGGCGGUGGUGCUGCCACUGGACUCUCGUGGGUUAAAGUUAAAGAGGGCGAGUUCAAGCCUCUAAGUAUUGAAUAGUUGUUUUAAUCUAGAUAUAUGUACAUACUUAUAAAUAAUGAAAUGUUCAAAUUA